CUCCAGCCGUGCUCCAUCUUCGGUCUGAGCUGAGUAUUACGAUGUCCUCAGUGCUUCUCUCCUCCAAUGAGAACAGUGGAUAGCAAAUGUCUGGGAUUUUUCUGAAUGCUGAACUUCCUGUCUCAUUCUCAGUGGUUCACUGGAGCUGUCGAUCAGGCCUCAGAGUCAUAUGAGCAACAUGGCUGCCAAGACAUCCGUCUGUCCAAACACUCUUAUAGAGUGAGACUGGCAGUGUUACAGACUGAAGCUGAUAAUUGAUCACUGAUCAGAUUUCUUUGCUUUCAACGCUUGUCUGCACUGAAGGAGCUACUGGCUGACAGAGCUGCUGGCCAACAUCUCCCUCUCUUCAUCGCUCUGUCCUCUUUCCUCACCCUCCCAUCAUCUGUCUGUCUUUUACUCUCUAGAGAGGGGUAACCCAGAUUUCAAAAACGAAUUGCUGCCUAUUUCUCUUCAUCUACUCCCUCCUUUUCCCUCUCGCUCUCUCUCUCUCUCUCUCCCUCUCUCUCUAUCUCACUUCACUUCAUCCCCUCUUUCUGUUGGUAAAAACAGAAUCAAUCUUGGAAAGUGAAAAUCGCCUCUUUUCCUCACCCCAUCUAUACUCUAUUGGAUAAAGGAAUAUACGGCCGUACACUCCUCCUUCUUCUCUCUUUCCUGGAAAGCUGCUGUAUCAUCCUUCCCUUCAUUUUUAAUUUCCUUUUUGGGCUUUGAUUCUUUUUUCAGGUGCGUUUCUUCUCUUGUAGACCUUCUCUUCUGUUUUUUUUUUUCUUUUACUUUUUUAUGAGCCAAGGAUUGAUUGCAUAGAAUAACAAGAGUCUUGAGAAGAAGUGAGAGGAAGAGAGAGGGGAGGAAGAGGAGAAACCAUACUGCCACACUUACAGACGUUUUUCUUCUCCCCGUUUAUAAAUCCUCUCGUUGGUCCUUAACCCCUCGCUUGCAUAACCCGUCCAUCUGUCUCCCAGUCUUCUUCUCUGUGUCUUGCUCUCUCCAACCCAACUGGUAGCAUGUCUACCCCGGUCUCUCCGACUCCAUCUCUGUCUCCCCUGGCUCUGUCCUCCCCAUCUCCCUCCUCCUCCCCGCUCCCCUCUCCUCUUUCUCCUCCCCCCAGGCUGCCAGUCUUCCAGAGGAAGGGAGCUCUCAAGCACAAGAGGGUCAUUGAAGUGAAGGACCACCAGUUCACAGCCCGAUUCUUCAAGCAGCCUACUUUCUGCAGCCACUGCACUGACUUCAUCUGGGGAAUUGGAAAGCAAGGAUUCCAGUGUCAAGUCUGCAGUUUUGUGGUGCACAAACGCUGCCAUGAGUUUGUCACUUUUACUUGUCCCGGAGCCAUCACUGCUCCCAAAGCAGAGGAUCUCAAGAGCAAACACAAGUUUAAAGUACAUACAUACUCCAGUCCAACCUUCUGUGAUCACUGUGGGUCUCUGCUGUAUGGCCUCAUACAUCAGGGCAUGAAAUGUGCCAGUUGUGACAUGAAUGUACACAAGCGCUGUGAGAGCAGCGUCCCCAGCCUGUGCGGACAGGACCACACUGAGAAAAGAGGACGGAUUCGCCUGACCGUGCGUGGAGAGAAAGAGGACAUAUAUGUCACAGUGCAUGAAGCACAUAACCUGAUACCCAUGGAUCCUAACGGCCUGUCAGACCCUUAUGUGAAGCUCAAACUCAUUCCUGAUCCAAAAAGCCAGAGCAAACAGAAAACCAAAACCAUCCGUUCUACACUCAACCCUAUCUGGAACGAGAGCUUCACAUUUUCAGUGCGUGGGAGGCAGUGGGACAGGCGUUUGUCUGUAGAGGUCUGGGACUGGGAUCGGACCUCACGGAAUGACUUCAUGGGUGCUCUGUCAUUUGGCGUUAGUGAGAUAUUCAGACGUUCAGUCAGCGGCUGGUUCAAAUUACUCAACCAGGAUGAGGGAGAGUAUUAUAACAUCCCUGUACCUGACCCAGACCUGCAGGUACCAGAUGCUGCUAUCAUGCCCUCUAUUCCUCCUACUCCUGUUACUGUGACGACGCCUGUUCCUACUGUGACCCCUCCUGUUCUGAGUCCGACUCCCACUGCACUGCACACGGGCAAAGGCCAAGUCAGGCUGCACGAUUUCAACUUCCUCAUGGUUCUGGGCAAAGGGAGUUUUGGCAAGGUCCUGUUGGCAGAGGAGAGGGGCAGCGAGCGCUUGUUUGCGGUGAAGGUGUUGAAGAAGGACGUGCUCUUUCAGGAUGAGGACACAGAGAGCGCAAUGGUGGAGAGAAGAGUGCUGGGCCUCGUGGGGCGACCUCACUUCCUGACCUCCCUCUACUGCGCCUUUCAAACCGAGGAUCGUCUGUAUUACGUCAUGGAGUACGUGAACGGUGGUGAUCUUAUGUUUCACAUCCAAAUCGUCGGCAAGUUUAAAGAACCGCAUGCAGCGUUCUAUGCUGCUGAGAUCGCGGUGGGCCUGUUCUUCCUGCACAACAAAGGCAUCAUAUACAGAGAUCUAAAGCUGGACAAUGUCCUGCUGGACAGUGAAGGACACAUAAAGAUAGCGGACUUUGGGAUGUGUAGGGAAGGCAUGAUUGAAGGGGACACCACUCGGACCUUCUGUGGCACACCUGAUUACAUCGCACCUGAGAUUGUGGCGUAUCAGCCGUAUGGUAAAGCAGUGGACUGGUGGUCGUAUGGAGUCCUACUCUAUGAGAUGCUGGCUGGGCAGCCUCCUUUUGAUGGCAUAGAUGAGGAGGAGCUGUUUCAGUCCAUCAUGGAACAGAGCGUUUCAUAUCCGAAGAGUCUCUCUCGGGAGGCUGUGGCCAUCUGCAAAGGGCUCCUCACCAAGAACCCCGCUAAGCGUUUGGGUGGAGGAGAGGAUGCAGAGAGAGAGCUGCGGGAGCAUCCUUUUUUCCGCUGGAUAGACUGGGACCGACUGGAGAGACUGGAGAUACAGCCUCCCUUCAAACCCAGAAGUGGAGGCAGAAAAGGAGAGAACUUUGAUAAGUUUUUCACAUCCACCCCCUCCGCCCUCACGCCCUCUGACCCGGAUGUUCUCGCCGCUAUAAGUCAAGAGGAAUUCCAAGAUUUCACCUACAUAAACCCGGAAUUUCCCCCCUCACCCCUAACAGCUGUCUGAGAAAACCUCAAUCAAUCCACACCAACCGUCUUUUGACUUUUUCUGCUCCUGUUCAUGAUUUAAACUAUGGUGACCAAAAAAAAAAAGAAUGUGUAAUUUGGCUUCAGCUUGCUUACAAUAGGAGUCUGUCUCAAUUAGACCAGCAAUCACCUUCUGCAACAACACCACAAUGAUUUUAAUCAUCUUAACGGUAAAGCAAACUAAGCAUUAAUAAUAUUUAGCCGGUCCACUCUGAGAGUAUCAACCUGAAUUAUUUAAGGGUCAUGCAUUCAUGCCAUUAUCUCAUUGGACAAUAGGAUCUUAUUGGAUAUCCCUUUGGAUGCUAGUAGUUGCCAUGACCUAAUUUUAACUGAGUGCACUAUAGAAACCAGCAUGAACAUGAUUUCCCCCAUGUUUUAAAGUUCACUUCAAGCUGAUUAUUUAAUCUCAGAUCAAACUAAUGCGUUUCUGCUUGUCUUUGUGUAAGAUCUUGUUUGCUCUGGUUUGGUUUAGGUUACUAAAUAAUUGCAGACAGGUGAGCAAAUACUGGUAAUCCUUUCAUCUAACAACUGGUAUAGAAACUCAGUAUUAUGAUUUAGGAGUCACACACAUGACAGCUAAAUGCAAAAAAGAAAAAAAAAAAGAAAGAUUAAUGCUUCGGCAUAUAAACUACUUGUUUGUGACAUGAAUGUUAGAGCUGAUACUGUAUAUCUCUGUAGAUGCAUUAGAAUCCAAAUAUGAUUCUAUACAGACUAUAAAUGUUUGCAUCAUCUUAGCAUUUUACAAAAAUAAGUCUUUGGGAUCCAUGUUAUUAAAACAAAUGACUUUAUGAAAAACCCAAAUUUAGAUAUUUAUGAUUUAUUCCAUAUAUGUAUAUGCAUAUCUAUAUAAAGUAUGUGCAGUGUAUUAUAAAGUAUGUUAAUGUUUAUUCAAAAUUACAGAAAUUUUCAAUGAACAUGUUAAACAAUAUCAUCAGUAUAAAAUAAAAAUGUCCAUGUAAUCACAAUGUUUUGCAACCUCUAGUGUGAAGAAAAUGUGGUUCCAAAUUACAUCAACCAAAAUUGUGUUUAUAGUGCAUAGGAUUGAUUAAAUUUAAGUGUUAAUUAUUAUAUUACCAAACUGGUCUCAAAACAGCUUUCGAAAUCUGAGAUUUAUGGAUGAAUUUGAGUGUUAUUUGUGUGAAGCUGGUAUGAAUAUGGUUAUUUAGACACUGUGAGGUCUCGAGAUCAGCAUGCACUUGUAUUGCAUAGUGAAAAAUCAUGAUGCCUGACCUGGAAAGACCCGAGUCUGCACCCUGUGCCCAAAAUGUCCAUCUAAUACAACUUGAAAGUUGCACUGACGACAAAAUACUGCCAACAGAAAUGUGGGAACAUUUCAUGCAUUAUGUGGGAAACACAGUUUAGGAGGAGUGAAAGGUUAGGUAAAAAGACAUGUGUGAAUGUGGAAUAACUGAAAUUUAUUAUUUAAAAAAAAAAAAUCAUCCCUGGAAUUUGUAACAAGACAAAAAUGAUUGAUAACUGCCUGAUCCUGUUCAACAUUUCCCAGCCUUUUAUUUCAUCGCUGUCUUGCUGAUCUUGUGGUUAUGAAAAUGGGCUACUUUGUAAAUCAGUUCUGCUCCUGGAGAUCGACUGUACAUUUCUGCAGAUUGGUUCCAGCUACAGCACACCUGCCAAACGUUCAGUUGAACCCAACCAAUUAACAGCGGUGCUUGUUUUUAGGUUGGAACUAAGCUCUGUAGGUAGAUCUACAAAAGCUACUUAAAAUAUUAAUGUACUAAUUAGUGAAAACUCCAUGUAUUGAUGUAAUUAUGCUAUAUACUAUGUCUCUAUUUGUUUCCAAUCACAAUAAACAAUUCAACCUCAGUAUCAAAGAUAAUUUGGUUAAAUGUGCAUGAUAGAUAGAUAGAUAGAACCAUUGCAGAAUAAUUUUGUAUUGAGUUGUUUUGUGUUUUCAAAGUGUGAAAAUAAAAUAGAUGACUUAAACGGA